UACAGAUAGCCAGAAGAAGCCCAAAAGCUGCCUUGUCCUCCAAGAAGCCCAAGAAAGAAUAGAUCAUCCUCCUCACCUCCACAACAAAGAAAGAGAGUAACACACUAUCAUCAUCAUCAUCACAGAAGCAGCAAAGCAAUGGCGAGGUACGACAGAGCAAUCACGGUCUUCUCACCUGAUGGUCACCUCUUCCAAGUCGAAUACGCUCUCGAGGCCGUCCGUAAGGGCAACGCCGCCGUCGGAGUCCGUGGCACCGACACCAUCGUUCUCGGCGUCGAGAAGAAAUCCACCGCCAAGCUCCAAGAUUCCAGAUCAGUUAGAAAGAUUGUUAACUUGGAUGAUCACAUUGCGAUGGCCUGCGCAGGGCUCAAAGCAGAUGCUCGUGUCCUUAUUAACAGGGCACGUAUCGAAUGUCAAAGCCACAGGCUUACCGUUGAGGAUCCAGUAACUGUUGAGUAUAUUACACGUUACAUUGCUGGUCUUCAACAGAAGUACACGCAAAGUGGUGGUGUGAGACCAUUUGGUCUUUCAACUUUAAUUGUGGGCUUUGACCCAUAUACUGGUGUACCAUCACUAUAUCAGACAGAUCCAUCAGGUACAUUUUCUGCUUGGAAAGCUAAUGCAACUGGGAGAAACUCUAAUUCAAUGCGAGAAUUUUUGGAGAAAAAUUAUAAAGAAACUUCUGGGCAAGAAACUGUGAAGCUUGCAAUUCGUGCAUUGCUCGAAGUUGUCGAGAGUGGGGGAAAGAACAUUGAAGUAGCUGUGAUGACAAAGGAGCAUGGACUGCGUCAACUUGAUGAAGCUGAAAUUGAUGCCAUAGUUGCGGAGAUUGAAGCCGAGAAAGCAGCUGCUGAGGCUGCAAAGAAGGGCCCUCCCAAGGAAACAUAAUUUGUCUUUUCGUUGUUCUUUUUGUUUUGCUUGUGGAUGUUAGCCCAUUCUCAUAAUUUCUUGGCCUUUUGAGGUAAAAUUCUGUUAUGUGGAAGUCUUAUUAUGGUGAUGUUGGAUUAGAAUGACAUCAGGUGGUGUUUGUGCUGGAGUAUGCAAUCAAUAUUUUUUCUCUUGCCAUCUAA